CAUCUCAAAAAUUUCGAAAAUUAAUAAUUACAAAGAUAGCCAUAAAGGCCUGUCGGCCAAAACACAAACUCAAUUUUCCUCCACCGUAGAUGUCUUUCUUUCAAUGUUCUUCAAAUUUUUGCACAACAAAAUUUUCAUAUCAUUCUACUACCAACCCAACCUGCAGAGCAAAAUUUUGUAGCUGCAGGAAAAAUAUGCCUUCCAUUUUGCCUUAUCAGGAAGCUUAUAGUUUUGGUUGUUACGCUGUCAUAGUAGUAUUAGGAGCCUUGUCAUGUCUGAUUUAUCAUAUUAUCAAGUCUAAGAAUCAAGAAUCAACGGCUGAUAUUCCUCCAGGCAGUCAAGGAUUGCCGUUGAUUGGAGAGACCCUACAGUUCAUGGCUGCCAUUAACAGUGGCAAAGGGUUUUAUGAGUUUGUCCGACUUCGCCGUCUCCGGCACGGAAAUUGCUUCCGGACCAACAUAUUUGGAGAGACAGACGUCUUUGUUUCGAGCACAGAGUCAGCCAAGGCCAUCUUAAACAAUGACUCGGGGAAAUUCAGUAAAAGAUACAUAAGGUCAAUUGGUGAGCUAGUGGGAAAUCAAAGCCUGCUCUGUGCUUCUCACCAACACCACAAACUAAUUCGUAGCCAACUAACCAAUUUGUUCUCCACGAGUUCUUUAUCAGUUUUCAUCAAACAGUUUGAUCAACUCACUGUUGAUUCUCUCGGGGGCUGGGAACACAGAAGCACUGUGGUUAUACAAGAUGAAGCACUUAAGAUAACUUGCAAAGCUAUGUGCAAGAUGUUGAUAAGCGUGGAAAGCGGAUAUGAAUUAGAGGUGUUAGAGAGGGAGGUGGCUCAUGUUUGUGAAGCAAUGCUUGCAUUACCUCUCAGGUUACCCGGGACUCGGUUUUACAAAGGCCUUCAGGCCAGAAAUAAAAUCAUGGCCAUAAUUGGGAAGUCAAUGAGUGAAAGGAGAAGAGGGUUACAAGCGAAUGGUGAAGAUUUUCUACAACGGCUUUUGGAUGAGGAUGAUAAAGCAUGCAACGGAGCAACCACUAAUGGCGGUGGGCUAACAGAUGAGGAGAUCCAAGAUAAUAUAUUAACCAUGAUUAUUGCAGGUCAGGAUACAACAGCCAGUGCAAUGACAUGGAUGGUCAAAUUCUUAGAUGAAAACCCAGAGGUCCUUGACACUCUUCUAAGAGAACAACUUGACUUGGCUAGAAAAGUUUCUUCCAAGUCAUUUCUGACACUGGAAAGUAUUAACGACAUGCCGUAUGCUUCUAAGGUGGUAAAAGAAUCCCUAAGGUUGGCAUCCAUCGUGCCAUGGUUUCCAAGACUAGCUCUCGAGGAUUGCGAGAUGGAAGGAUUUAAGAUCAAGAGAGGGUGGAAUGUGAACGUUGAUGCUAAAUCAGUACACCUUGAUCCUACGGUUUACAAUGAUCCCAACAAGUUCAAUCCGUCAAGAUUUGACGAUGAAUCGAAAGUUCCAUACAGCUUCUUGGCUUUUGGGAUGGGAGGGAGGACAUGCCUGGGGAUGAAUAUGGCCAAGGCCAUGAUGUUAGUCUUUCUCCACCGUCUCAUCACUACUUACAGGUGGAAGGUGAUUAACCCAGAUGUCAGCAUUGAAAAAUGGGGACUUUUCUCAAAACUAAGAAGUGGUUGUCCAGUGACCGUAACGUGUAUCACCGAGAAUGUUAUCCCUUAAUAUGAUAUAGAUGUAAUGUUAUAUCCAUCUUGUCUGCUAGUCCCAUGAUCUCUGGGAAAAAUUUCAAAUAAUCUAAGACCAAAUGUUUUGUUUAUU